AUGGCUUGGCUUUAUUUGGCCUUGGCGUAUGUCUUAUUAUUUCAUCGUGUACAAUGUGAUGAUGCUAACGGCGAAACUUCUUUGUCGGAUGAAAUUAACGAUAUUCCACUUCCAAGUGGAGAUACUGUCAAGCAAAAUACCGUAAAUGAUAGGACUUCCGAUAUUUCAGACAUUGUCAAUGGCAGGAAUGCCAAACUACAAAGUAACUUUAAUGCAGACAGCGUUAGCGACGCUAAAACUACAAAUAGAUUUGAAACUAAUUUUGAAUAUCACAGUAUUCAGACUUUUGAAGAAUCAGUAGCUGGUGAAGAGAAACCUUCUGCGUCCACAGAUGUGAAAUCAGGCGCAACUCGGAAAAAUCUUGAAGAAUCAUUAACUGACCGUGACAAACCACUUGCAAACGCUCAGCCACAAAAUGGACUUAAAAGUGAACUGAGUGAAAAAAGCGUUGAUCAUUUUGAAGCUUUAUUGGCUAACUUGGACAAACCUUAUAAUUUGAAAACGUUAUUAGCUGACCAAGAGAAACUGUUUGCUGGCGCUCAGCAACCAGGUGGGCUUGAAGAAGAAUUGAAUGGAAAGAAUUCGGAUAAUUUUGAAGAAGAUGAGAAUGCGGAUUUGAGUGGAAAAAAUGCUGAUAAUAUUAAAGAUUUACUGCUCAACGAAGACAAAAUUUCUGCAUCCAAAGACGUAAACGUAGGCCUACUUGGUGCUAGUGUUGACACCUUAGCACAAAACCCACCAAACGUGACACUACUGGCUAAAAUGCGAGAUCUUAUGAACUAUGAAGAUUUUAUAACGGAUACUUUCAUACUCGACUCGUUUGAUUGGUUCGAUGAGACUUCAACUGUUAAGUCUCGAAUACGCCGGGCCUCGGAACCUUAUCACUAUCGGAGAUUCCAACAACCCCUACGAGCCUACAUCCCGGAGAAUUCACCUCCUGGUACCAAGGUUUUAGAAAUCCCCCGUAACUUUGACGGCCUACUAGAAAUUGUUCAUCCCGAAAAUUCAAUUUUUCGAGUCCAAAGUGAAACUGGAAUUCUUCAAACAACUGGAACGUUGGAUUUUGAAAUCCAGAAAGUUUACAAUUUGAUUAUCCGGGACUCGGAGUCCGAUGAUUCGUCAUUUUAUAGCCAUGACGUCAUCGUUUACGUCACAGAUGAAAAUGAUAACGAACCGGGGUUUGCUAUGACGUCAUUUACAGGUCACGUGAACAAUGCAAGUCGGGUUGGAUCCUUUGUGGCGCAACUCAAUGGCAGCGAUCCUGAUAGCAGAGAACGAGGUCGGCUUGGAUUUAUAAUAGGCGGUCGGAAUUCCUUAUUUACUGUGAAUCCAAGAACUUGGGUCAUGCAGACAAACGGAAAACCUCUAGACACAUCGCAAACUAAUUUCCCUGUUAAUAUACGAGUUUUUGAUCAGGGUUAUCCAAGACAGGAAAGUUCUACUCAAGUUAUCAAUGUGAACAAAGUGAACAACCCCCCUAGAUUUAGCCAAUCGCAGUAUACAUUUACCUACCCAGAGACUAUGUUGCCGGGGGUCGUGAUAGGUCGAGUUAUGGCAAUGAGUCUAUCCAAUAUUCCGGUCGUUUACGAAGUUGUUCCAAGUUCCGACAUCUUCAUGAUAAACCAGCAAGGCGAGCUGUCGUUAAAACGAAGCAUAGAUUAUGAAACCGCUGGUAGUUUGGCGACCGUGGUCAUCACAAUCCGAGCCAGUGAGCUUACGGACAGCGACCCACUGUCAUCACAAGUCUCGGUUACAUUCGUCGUUACGAACUACGACGAGAAUCCGACGAUGUUCACCGAGAUUAUUUAUAACGCACAGAUCGACGAGGAUGUCGGGAUAGGUACAUUCGUGACGUCAGUGGCUGUCAUGGAUUGCGACUGCUCGGCUGAUUGCCAAUGUACUGGAAACGAGUUCGAUUUCACCCUUAUGGAUGCAAAUGGUUAUUUUGCUAUAAACGAAACGGGUGAGACACGAACCGCCAAGGAUUUUGAUUAUGAUAUCCAAAGUGUGUACGAGUUCGCCGUGUUGGCCUGGGAUCGAACUGGUAACCAUGACGACAGUGUGCCUGCACGUGCUUAUGUCAGAGUCAAGCUUCGUGACGUCAACAACAAUGCUCCGAGGUUUAGUGAGAGUCGUUAUCGAUUUGUCGUAGACGAGGAUUCCGAAAUUAACCAUCUUGUCGGCGUGGUCCAGGCGACAGAUAAAGAUAACCUUGGUUCGCCCCUAAGCUAUACGAUCACCGCCAGUUCGCCUAAGAGUGGACUAUUCCAGAUCCCUGAUUCUAGGUUUGGGAUAGUGGUUGUGGCAUCCUCGUUGAAGGCAGAAACUGAAAGUGUGUUCACGUUGACUGUUGAAGCUACUGACGGCGUGCAGAGCUCCCAGACCGUUGUUGAGGUUAAGAGUUUGUUGUUGUAUUUAAUUAAUGGUUGUUUAUUCAUUCUUCUGUAAGCAUCCUUAGUAGUCUGAUGGUAAAGUGUGAAAUAGCCAUAGUACAAGGACACAAUUCAAGGGCGCCGGCCCAAAGCUAAUGCAGGCCUUUUUUGCAAGAACUGCAGUACGAAUGUCGUAUGCAGUUUCCGAGUGCCUUCUCGUUGUCUAGAAAUUAAAAAUAUAAUUUUUCUCACUUUAGAUCAACGUAGCGGACGUGAACGAUAAUGCGCCACAGUUCACGUCUUGUCCUGAAUCUGUGAGUGUAGAAGAAAACCUCGACCCUGGUGCUACAGUGACCAUACUACAAGCUGUUGACAGUGACCGUGGAAUACAUGCUAACAUUGAGUAUUUCAUUGAGGUAUGGGAGAUAAUAUGUACUAUAUAAUAUAUACUACAAUACAUGCUAGUAUUGAAUACUUUAUUGCAGUUUUGUAACGGGUCGAGUCAUUGCAUGAGUCUCCGAGUGCUUUAUAGUUUUGUAUUUAUGUUAUUUCAAUCUUAGGAUUCCUACGACUUGUUUUCGCCCGACCAUCAAGAAGUUUUCGUUGUGAACAAUCAAACCGGUGAAGUGGAAACAGCGCUGAAAUUAGACCGCGAAGAAAAAUCCAGCUACUUCUUAAUUUCAGCUGCAAAAGACGGAACCUCGGACAGCGAGCUGCGUCAAGUGGGCCACUGUCAGUUUGUCAUUCAUGUCUCGGACGAAAAUGAUAACUAUCCUAUUUUUGAAGUCGAGCUGUAUGAAACCAGUAUCAAGCAAGACCUAGGGAUUGGUAGCCGUGUGCUGCAAGUUCGAGCAACUGACAGUGACGUUGGGGAGAAUGCUAGGGUGACCUAUGCCAUAGACGGGGGGAGUGGACUUUUCGCGAUCGAUUCGGAUGGUUGGAUAACGGUGAAGUCUAGCUUGGAACGUACGUAACUUUAAUUGUGUAAAAUAGAAUAGUACCAUCCUCCUAGCCAGUGCGCUUAUGAGAGGCAUUCACCGCUUGAAAGUAUUUAAAAUGGCGGACGUUCAGGGGAGUGAAUGCCUCUCAUAAGCUGGCGAGUCCAUUUUGAUGACGAAUCAGUGCGAAUCAUGGCGUGGCGACCAUAGAGAUUAUAAAUAUGUUUUUUGGCUGAGUUGGCUUUCUGUAUGAUCUCUGUUCUGUGAUACUGUAAUCGAAUUCCAGUCACGGAAAAAUAAGCAGUAACCGCUACGCUGUAUUUUUAGGAAACCUUGGAAAGAAGACUUUGAGCAUCACUGCUGGUAACACACGACCCUAUCACCCAGACGCUCAGCCGGACAACACCCAUAAAACUACAGUAGAAAUUUUAGUAACCAACAAAAACUUGCCCCGUUUUUCCCAGUCGCUGUUUCAGUCCAAUGUCUUGGAGAACGCAACAGUCGGCUCUACAGUCCUAACUCUUUCAGCGGAGCCAAUAUCACAAGGGACAAGUUUGAUAUACUACUUAGCCGAUGUGCGUCCUACCGAUUUCCCAUUUAGAGUGGAUCACAGCACGGGCGCUGUGACUCUAACACGCGGCCUUGACCACGAAAUGCGAACACAGUACGUGUUUUCCGUCAACACGCACGAAGUCGGAGCCUCUGAACGUGUUGAAGCAACUGUCGAAAUUGAUGUAACAGAUAUUAAUGACGUUGCCCCGUUAUUCGGGCGUACUCGUUACGAUGCGACUGUUUCCGAAGAUGCACCGCCGGGGACGAUCGUCAUACGAAUACGAGCGAUAGAUUACGACCCCUUGAAUGUUGUUAUCUCGUACGAAAUGGAACAAUCGCAUGAUUUCAACUUGUUCCAGUUGAGUAAUCAGGGUUCGUCGAUUGAGAUUACUACAACCGUUCCAUUCGAUCGGGAAACUCGUGAAUACUAUCACGUGCACCUUGUUGCUAUUGACAACGGGAACCCCCAGCAUCGUAGCACGACCUACGUUCGAGUACGAGUACUUGAUGAAAAUGAUUCGCCCCCAGUCUUCGACGCGGCCCAUUACUCGGUCUCGGUCCCCGAGAACACCCCGAUUGGUACAACAAUAAAGACCGUGAUGAGUCGAGAUAAUGACUACGGGAUUAAUGCCCGGGCAUUGUUCUCCAUCGCCACCGGGAAUGACGGGAGGUUUCAGAUGACGUCACAAGAAGUAGCCAACGGGAAUGAAGGACAUCUGGUUGUGGCACGACCGUUGGAUUUUGAAGCGAAUUCUGAAUACAAUCUCACUGUGGUCGCCAGCGAUGCGAAGUUUAGUGAUACCACUACAAUUACAGUCAAGGUACGUUGUUGGGUUUAUGGAAGACCUCUUUAAUUCACCCGAUUUGUGACUAAGUUUUGAAGUAAUAUAUGAACAAAGAGAGCGAGUGUUUCACCGGGAUAUCCAAACACGAGAAAACAAUGUAUGAAAACACAAGCGCGAAGCGCGAGUGUUUUCAUACAUUGUUUUCGAGUGUUUGGAUAUCCCGGUGAGACACGAGCUCGAGUUGUUUAUAUGGCUUCUCAAAUGAAUCGAGACGUAACAGAAUGUUUUCGUUUGCUGAUUUGAAUAGAAUUCUUAACAAAGCAUAACGUAAUUAGGAAUUCGAUGCAAGUAAUUUUGCAUGCGUAAUUAAGAUAUUUGAUGAAAACACUAGUGACUUUCAUCAAGUAUACAAAUGGCAUCUUGUGAUCAAAUAGGUGAUUAUCAUUGGCUGAAUUGCUCAUGAAUUAUUAAUGAAUUUGAGAAGGAUUUGUAAGAAACGUCUGAAGGAACUGAUUCGGUGUUAAACACUAAGUCAGUUCCCUCAAACAUUUCUUACAAAUUCCUUAAAAACCUGGAAUUUACCGAUGCAAAAUUCCAACUGUGAUCACAGAAACUGUGAUAGUGUAAAGCCUCGGUUAAACAAGGAUGACAGUUGCAAUUCUCGUUCUCAUUUGACCGCAAACUCUCAUCGACUCUCAUGCACUUUCAUCAAUUUUUAAGCGGUUCAAAUUUUGAUGAGUGUUUUCACUACGCUCGCGGUAAUAUCCAGUCAAUUGCCUGAGCUAUCCAGUAUAAAUAAAGUUAGGACAACAUCUUGGUUGUUUUUUUCGUCCAGGUAACCAAAUCUGACGAUGAACCUCCAUUCUUCGAGGAACCACUUUACGAGAUCCCUCUUGAAGAGAACACCCCACCUGAAAUGUUUGUCCUAACUAUAUCCGCCAUCGAUCAUGAUACACCCUCAACCCACCUCAUAUAUACCAUUAACACAACCACUGUCCCCUACUUUAACAUCGGCCCUAUCACCGGAAAUAUUACCACUACCGGAGUUCCGCUUAACCGAGAAAAAGUCCCGGUGGUGGUUUUUCCCGUAUAUGUUACUGAUGGAACUAGCAUUGCGAGUACUUUUGUUGCUGUUAAUGUCGUUGAUGUGAAUGAGCCGCCAUAUUUUCCCAACACGCCAUAUAUCGGAUUUGUUCCGGAAAAUAAACCCAUUGGCAGUACGGUUCGGUAUAUUACGGCCUUUGACGACGACGAUCCGAAGCUCGCCGAUGGGAAGAACUCCAAAAUUUCGUAUACUAUCGACCGAAGUUCGGGCCAGUCACAGGUCGAUGCCGAUGGUGGGUUGUUCGCCAUUGAUUCAACGACGGGAUUGCUGACUACAACGGCGGUGUUUAAUUUGGAGAACAUUCGACGAAACUUGACGAUUUUGGUGCGAGCGAGUGACGAAGGUAAUCCGAGGCUUUCUUCGACUACACUGGUUACGAUUGUGGUGACGGAUAUUUCCGAGUUUCCGCCGACGUUUUCCCAGGAUGGUUUUGUGGGAGAGGUGGCAGAGGAUGCAGCCUUAGGUAUAUAUAAUAUCAAUAUUGAUUUAUUUUAUUUUCAUGGAUAGGUUUCUGGUGCAUUAGUAAAUAUUUGGUGAAAUGAUUUCUCCCCAAUCGCACUUGGGAAGGGUGCUUCCAGGAUGACUAUACCAAACACCACAGGUCUCCGGAUAGUUUGGUUUUUUUCUGUAGUAAUACUGAACCAGUAAAGGAUGGCUAGUAUUAGGUUUUUAAGCAGCGUCGUACUGGGGUAGACAGUGGGGCUAAUACAGAAUCUGACUCUCCUAACCGUGUUUCCAAAAAAUUGUGUAGUUCGGUUGAAGCGCCGCUGUACCGGAAUCGCAAGGUCAGGUUCGAUUUCUACCAGAAGGCCUAUAGUUGCAUUUUCGGAACUGCUCGUGGUCCUAUCGAACUAGAUGCCCAAAAAUAUCGAUAUUUACUAAUUUCUUCUCUACGUUUUUCUAGGUUCGAUGGUCCUGAAACUCUCAACCACUGAUGAAGAUUUCACAAAUGUUGGACACCAGUAUGCGAUCACUGACGGAAACUUUCCCUUUGCGUUUUACAUCGAGCCUAGCACAGGACAGAUACUUGUUGCUGGUAUUCUCGAUUAUGAAUCCAAAUCAGAUUACAACCUUACUGUAGCUGUAUUAGAACAAAGCAUCACCGAGGUGUUCCCUACGGACUAUGCUGUUGUGUAUAUUAAAAUCCUUGAUUCAAAUGACAAGCCUCCGGUUUUUCAACCCAAGACCUACCAUCGAACCCUACCGGAGAAUGUUACCAUAGGUACAGAAGUCCGUGUGGUCACUUGUUCCGAUAUGGACAAUGGACCCAAUGCCGUACCAAAGUUUUCGAUUACAGCUGGAAAUAUUGGUGAUGUUUUUGAAAUAGUAUCUCAUCCUGCAGAUGGGAACCGGGGGGUUGUACAAGUUGCAGGGCGUCUUGAUAGGGAGAUGGUUUCAUCGUAUAUGUUGGAGAUUACUGCAACCGAUAUUGGAGGGCUCACAGGUUAGAAAUAUAAUUUAUUGUGGUUUUAUCCAUUUCCAUGUGAUUAGCCGACACAAACUUUGAAAAAUUUUGAAGUUGAAAAUUUUAACUUUUAACAAUGAUAUUUUCGGAAAUUUUUCUGUCCGUGGAAAUUUUUUUUGAGUGGAAAUUGGCCUUAAAUCCCUCCAACUCUCCGUUCUAUCGAACGAGAUGCCUCUAUAUUUAUCCAACCAUAUAAACAGGCUUUUAAAAAUCAUCAUCGUUUCCUUCUAUUUUAGACGUAGCCAUCUUAGUUGUUCAAAUUGAAGACGUCAACGAUUCUCCUCCGACAUUCUCUCCGGCGUAUUACGAAGUAAGCAUCAUCGAAGGUGUUCGGAGAGAACAGUAUGUUACUACCAUCAAUGCCACUGACCCGGACCAGGCCCCUAACGGCGCACCUUUUACAUUUGCCCUCAAUAACACCGAGGAUAAAUUUCAGCUAAAAAAUUCAACUGGUCACAGUGUUGAACUAUAUACUAAACUAUAUGAAUUCUCCAGGGAAGUGACGCCGCUGUACCAAGUGAUUAUUGUAGCAAGUGACGGCGGCAGUCCUAUGCAGUCAGCGGAGGUGAUGGUCUUUGUUAGUGUGCUUGAUGAGACAUCCAACCAAGAGGCUUAUGAUGGAUCCAUGAAAAUAAUUAUGUACGCAUUAGAUGGUCGCUUUCCGGGGGGUGUUAUUGGCGAUGUUUAUUAUAGGGAUGACGAUUAUCAGGUCGACCAGAACGAGUACCUUAUGAUUGCUCAGCAGCCUGGGAACAACUUUAGCGUAGAUUCUACCACAGGUCGCCUAAGCUGUGUUGCUGAUAUACCAAUUGACGAGUAUUUCAUAAAUAUCACAGUUCGCGAAAGGAAUUCUGGGAAAACUGUUCGAUCUGAAAUUACUGUUUUAGUCCGAAAUCUUAGUUCGACCGCUGUCCAGCACGCCGUAGCAUUGCGGUUUCCACUGCGAAAUUCGCCUAUAUUUAUUGACACUCUAUACAUGAAACUGAUCACGGCCUUAUCCGAGAUUUUCAGAGUCUCUUCCGAUCAUGUGUAUGUGUUUAGCAUCGCGCAGUCGUCGGGAGGUGUCGCCAGCUCUCCGUAUGGUGUCGAUGUAUGGGUUGCGAUCCAGGACAGCAGUGGUGAUUUUAUGAAUGCGAACCGUGUCCUCACAGAACUAGAAACUAAUUAUAUGAAAUUUGUGGCCUUAGGUAAGUUUUUGUUUCUCUUUAACAAGUCUAUUUAUUUAUCAUCUAUACACGUGAUAACGCGCAAGUCAAAACAAACCGCAGCAGACUUGUACUUAUGCUGUUUCAACAACUUGUGAUCAGGAUGUGUUCGCACUGAUUGUUCCCACUGAUUGUUCCCAGCUUGUUGACAAGUUGUCAACUACAAGGUGAUUGACUCAACAUAUUUGUUACAAGUUGUUCCAACAACUUGUUAUCGUCCUACAAUUUGAAAACGUCUCAACAAGUUGUGAGUGACAACCAUUUGGCAACAUGACAAAAUAACAGAACUGUUACAACUUAUUAACAAGCUUGCUGCAAGCCUGUGCGAACAUCUCUUGUUGAAGUGUGACGUGUGUAGAGCAUGAUCGUAGACAUACCAAAAUACGGAAUACUUAUGAGCAUAAUCAUUUAAAUCCGUGUACUUAUUACUUCGCUAUUUAAACCUUGUGGUAAAUUGCCAAAAGUCGUUUGGAGGUUGUUUGCGACAUUGAACUGGCGGAUGUUGGUUCGUGAAAUUUGACUUCUCAAUAUUUAUGAACUUGCAAUAUUUCGUAUGAUGGUCUCAACUGCUUUGCCCAAGAUCGUAGCUUGUAGUUGUUUGUAUUAUUUGGUGUGCAUUUUAUCGCGAUGGAAUCCAUCGGAGGCGGUAACACAUUGUUUGAUUGUCAUAAUUUUUUUCAUUAUUAGGUGUCGAUCAAGUCGAAAUUGGCUAUGACAAAUGUGCUGAUGAACGUCGUUCUGUUGGUGUUUGUACGAAUACGCUUACUGCGCUGCAGUCGUACUCUGUGGCCAGCGGUUACUAUGGUCAAAUACCUGCGCCUAAUUCCAGUCUUACAGUGGUGGCCAUUGACACAGAUCUACAAGCUGUUUACGCAGCAUUGCCUGAGCCUGUGAUCAGUUGUGUUUCAAUGCCUUGUUUGAACGGAGGUAAGUCAGUCUUACGUCCGUAUUCUAAAAGCACACUCACACUCAAUGAGUGGAGGUUCAAUCUGAGCUUUUCUGUCAGUGCUGUUUUUGAAUAGCUGGGGGAUUAGUGUCGUACCUUACUACUCGUGUGACUACCCACCCUCCAGCUAUUCAAAAACAGCAUUGACACUCAAGAAAAGCUCAGAUUGAACCUCCACUCACUGAGUGUGAGUGAGCUGUUAGAAUACAGGCAUUAGUCCAGUGGCCUUGAGUCCAAAAAGUGAAACCAAAAUGGCGGGAAUCGAAGAGCUAUUGGACAUCGGUGGCCGCCAUCUUGCCUUAUAUAUAGAGGUCAGUGCCCUAGUCUUACAGAAGUCGUCAUUGACACAGACCUAUAUGUUGUAUACCCAGCACUGCCUGAACCUAUGACUAAUUGUGCUUCAAUGCUUUAUAUUUAUCUUUCUGUUGGUAGGCACAUGUCAUGACGUUCCUCAAGGAUAUGUAUGUGAAUGCCCGCACGAGUAUCGCGGCCCGGAAUGCCAGGCUACCACCCGGACUUUCAACCCGCGUAAUUCUUACAUUUGGUUAGAACCUUUGUCUGCCUACGAACUGAGCUCCUUGUCGUUUGAAUUUAUGUCCCAACCGAAUACAGGAAGUGGUCUGUUGUUGUAUCAAGGUGCUUUAAGACAAGGUAAAGUUCAACUGAACUAUAUUAUAAAUACCAAGGCUUAUGAUUUCGGACAACUAACAGAAACUCACGUGAUGCCUAACGAAGAUGCAUUCCUGAAACAUAAUACCAACCGGGCAAGCCCGAGUUACACAAUAUUCUACCUUUCAACUAAUUCUUACGUAUUUCUACAUAGAUGGCAACAAUGGUAUGUCGGACUUCCUCGCAGUCUCGCUAAUUGAUGGAUACGCUACCGUCGCGAUAUCGUUAGGUGGUCGUACAUCGUCGUUCAAUCUUCGGAAUGGCCAUCGUUUGGACAAUGGUGCUUGGCAUCAUGUGGAAAUCAAAAGAAUGAAAAAGGUCUGGUAAUUACUGAAAACAAUACAACACAAUACUGUAUUGACAAUUCCCCGAGAGGGGCUUUUCAGUGACAAUUUUACAAGAAUUAAAUAGAUACUAUAUAUUCCUAAUUAAAACAUGCAAGAACUAGUAGUGUUAACUAGUUGACAAAUAUUCGUUUAGAAGAUGCUUCCUUAAUUUACUUUUAAAAUACUUAGACAUUCACUAAAAACACAGUGUAUGUUGUAGUAAUCUAGGCUAUACAUUCCUCGAACUUCAUUGGAGUUUUCGUAUAAAGAGUGCUUGAAAGCCCUUGAAUUCUUGUUGCUUUAGUUUUUAUGUUUUCUGAAAUUUGCUUCAUGUUAAAAGAAUGAAUUUGAAUUUGGUUUUGCUCAUGUCUUUUCAGCCAUUUAGUCCUUGAAUUUCAUGACACAUUGCCGUGAAAGUCUUUCAAAAGUUUUUGAAUUUUACUCUUACUAACCUUUACGAACCCUGAAUUCACAAAUAAACUGACUACGGGCAGAAUAAAUUUUCCUGGAAGUGAAAUGCCUCAUCUUCCUUCCAUUGCCAGUCAACUUCCCCUUACCAUUGAUUUAGGAGAUACGUUUAGUCGUUGACUAUUGUGAAUCCGCAACAGUCACCGAAGAAGAUGGUCGGUUUUUUGAACAUCGUGCACAUUGUGAAGUGAUUAGUCAAACAUUUGGAGAUUUUACGUAAGUAAAUCUGUGAUAGAAAUCAUUAUCUUUCAACACUCUAAGAACCAAUCGUAAAAACAGAAGUGCAGAAAGUACAGAAGUGUAUGAGUCCCAUGAGAAUAUCUCUGAACUAGUGGGGGGACCACCUAGUAAUGCAUGUUUUGCUUUUCAUUUUAUGGCCAUUACAAUUCAGAUUGAGUAAGAAGCGUGCUUCAAGUUCCUACAGUAUUACUGAACAAAUAGGGGCUGGCUUUUAUUGCACUUCUUACUGGUCUUCUAGGACAGAUAAAAAAUUGAUAGAGUUUUGAAAAAAAUUAAUCUAAUUUUUCCUUUUAUGCUACAGUAAUUUUUGUUGCAACAGUGAAGCCCCAGUGACAUGAUACCAGAUUCCACAAUAUUUCCUCCUUUAUAAUUUGAUCAUAUUAUUGCGAUUAAAGUGUUAAGAUAUUCCUGAAAUCGUUAAAUUCGAUGUCGUGACAAGCGAAUCCAUUAUCGUGUAGUUGGAGUCUAAAACAUUACAAUAAAGACAAUUGCGUGCAAUAAUCGUUUCAAAUGUUUCCAUUUAUUUACUAUAUAUCUAGAUAUCUGAAUGGAUUAAAUCCUCUACAAAUUGGCGGUACUUCCUAUGCGUUUUCUCAUUCUGGUGUCACGACCCGAUCGUUCUACGGCUGUAUACGAAAUGUCUACGACAACAACCGAAUGUAUGACCUGCAGAACCCGCUCAAGGUGAUGAACGCUCCUCUGGGGUGUACACGAGGCUGUCAAUCAGAAUGUCAAAAUGAAGGCUACUGUGAGGCCGAGAUGUACACUGGCACGAGUUGCUGCACGUGUGUGUCGGGAUUCACCGGCUGUGAUUGCUCUAAACGUAAGUCCAGCUUGUAUAAAGGCCGAUUUUAGAUCUAUGUGAAUGAUGUUGGAGCAAUAUGUGGGCUGCCAAAAAGGAAAUCAGUUUGUCACACCAUAUUUUUUUCUAUUUCGAGCCGUGCCACUUCGAACUCUCUUAUAUAUUUAUGUUUUUAUUUCAUUCCUCACAGGUUCCCCUUCUUUGUGGUAUGUCCCGAACAGUUUCUCGGAGUACAACACAUCGAAUUCACAACAACAAUCUGUGAUCCAGGAUAACCCUGAUGAACCGUCAUUACCCAUCAGACAACGACGCCAUGUUUUCUCACGUAUUUUCAAGUAUUUCUUCACUUUUCACACCAACCUCGUUUUCAGGAUUCGUGUCUCAACCAAUGUUACUAAUGCGAUAUUCUUCAGAUCCUCCUCGUCUACGGAAAGAUCCUUCUGUGAUCUUGGGGUAGGAUAUAUCACCUUGUUACAUGAUUAUAAUAAAGUCUGGUUUGAAAUAAAGUCAGGUUCACCCAAUGGACCAUUGAAAUUAUGCAUCAGUUAUGUUAUGUUGUUUGUGAUGUUACUUAAAUGUAAAUUAAAUGUUUGUGAUGUUUUAGUAAAGUUAAAAAUAGCUUGAUCACAUGCCAAACUCGAAGGGUAUUCAGUGAAAGUGUUUUUAGUCGACGACUUUUUUAUGACUAUACUUUUAGAUCAAAAAUCGGCAUCUUUACUACACAUUUAAAUUCGCUGAUGAAAUGAAAACGGUCACCCUGACUGGAGCCAACAUUACUGAUGAUAAAUGGCAUACUGUCUACGUGAACAGACGUGGCAAUACUGUCUCGCUUCAAUUAGACUAUAAAGCAAAAGCGUAUGCGACUACAGGUAAAUGUUGUAUGUGUGAUAUUACGUUUGGAGCAAGGGCCCUUACUACAGAAUAAGUCAUACAGAAGCCCGACUUCUUGGUUUUUCUAUGAUUUUCCAAUGAUUUAGGCGUAACCGUAAAAAUGCUGACGCCAUGGUCCUAGCCAGUGCGCGUUUAAGAGGCAUUCAACCCCCUGAUAAUAUUCAAAAUGUUGGACGUCCAGAGGGGAAUGCCUCUCAAACGCGCACCAGUGACGCGCACUGGCUAGGACAAUGGCGUCAGCAUUUUGAUGAUGAAUCAUGGCGUGGCAGCGGUUACUCGAGUCGACCCUCUGUGUACCUUAUUCUGUGCCCUUACUACUAAAUGGGCUACUACGACAGAAUAAACUCAUUGAAACACUGUAAAAACAAAUUGGUUUUAACAGCCAAGAAAUUCUCUAAGAUUCAAAAGGAAUUGUCCAAUUUCUUGGCAACCUCGCAAGCCAGACUCUCUAGACUUUACUUCCGCCUCCCUCCCAAACACGCUCCAGCAGAGAGGUUGAUUUCUUGGUUGUUGUAAUCCAUUUGUUUUUAGAUUUUUAACUAACUAUAUUUUCGCUGGAUAUAUAUCUACACAUAGCCCUCUGUUUACCAAAACCGUAUUUUUAGAAAUAUAGCAUUUAUUCAACAGGUGGAGUGGUACGUCUAACCAGUUUGUCAGGAGGUACAAUGUACACAGGUGGUAUACCUCGCUAUACUGCCAUAACAAGAGUAUCCAUUAAUAAGAAUAUGUCUACUGAAACGAUUCAUCAAGGGAGGGAAAUUGAAAAUAUUGACCAAGAUUUUCAAGGUAAAUAAAGUACUGUAAAUACGCGAAAUCAUCACGUAAGAUAUUAUCUUUUCAAAACCAGACAAAACAACCUUUUCCCAGGGUGUUAUUUACAAUAAAAAAUUCGGUUUAUACCACAGAUUAAGUAUAGACAAAUGUGUAACUUAAGUUGCCAUUUAGCAAGUGUCAUGGCGUGAGCAUGACGUGUACAUCUAGGGAAAUUUGAGGACACGAAGUCCUAUUAAGUUACACAUCUGGUCAUACUUAAUCUGUGGUUAUGCGCCGUUUUCCCAAUCACGUUUAGCUAGCAAUUUCCUUCAUUAGAUCAGUGUUUUUUUAUUGGCCCAAACCCUGAUUAUACAACCAAUGUUCUAGGCUGUACUGGUGGUGUGACGUAUAAUGGACAAGAACUGGACGAGAAAUUCCAGUUUAACCGGUUUCGUGUGGUUGAAGGAUGUCCGUGUGCGACAACUGUCCUGGAUUGCCAGAACAAUAGCACAUGCGCAGAUGAAGAUCCGCCUUAUUGCGCAUGCCCAACUGGAUUCACGGGUCAGACAUGUGACGAGAUCGUGAUUGAACCCACGCCACGACCACGAUUGCCACCAGGUAAAUGGCUCGUAGCUCAUUAGGGCGGUUUAAAUAUAUAAGAAACACACAAACUGUUAGUUAAGCUGGAGUAAUACGAGCAACAAAAUUGCUGCAACUUGCAACAAAAUCUGAUUUCAACGCAUGUUAAUUGAAAAUGUUUACACAUAAAUUACAAAUCACGAGGCAACAUGUGUCAACAUUUCUACUUAACAUGCGUUGAAAUCAGAUUUCGUUGCACGUUGCAGCAAUUUUGUUGCCCGUAUUACUCCACCUUUAGUCUGCGUCACAAAAAUAUCCUUAAUUGUGUUUUUCAUGUACUUGCGUCCCUACCAACGAAAGCUGGUUAUAAAUUAAGCUAAAUAUUACAUGAAAUUUAAGGGGGGGAUUUAAAAUUUCCAGCAACAAAAUGUGGUCAGAUCUUGGCAACCUAUGGCGACAACUCAAAACAUAUUAAUAUGAAAAUUUCUAACACACAUUGCCCAAGGACAAAUUGGUUAAAUUUGAUUGAAAAUUGGGUGAGAAAAUAGCAAACGUUCGUCUCGUUUUGCCAGGCAGAGUAAGUUGAAUACGUAAUUCGCUGACGGAGAUAUGCAGUCUGUGAGUGUCCCCAGUUCUCAUAUUCUUUGUUCCUUUCUACCAAUGAAAUGUAUGGUAAUGUUUUAAAAACUCUACAGACAGAAAAAAACACCUUUCUAUCCCACAUCACAAUAUGGUUGUGCCAAAGUGUACGCCUAUUUGGAUUUGGAGUCCCUAUCCUUGAAUAACAUUGAUUUGUAUUGAUAUAGGACGUCGAGAUGCUGAUCGAAACAGAUUACUUGAUCCGGUUUGGAUUUGUGUUUUCCUUAUGUCCUUAAUCAUCUUUAUCUUCAUCCUCUGUCUUCUCCACACUCUGCCAAUCGUUGGCGGGAAAAGACCGUUGAUCGAGGAGGAAGCUCACGACAGCAUAAUGGCGUACCAGGAACAUGGCGGCGAGAUGAUGGAUGCGAGCGGAUAUGACGUCACAGUAUUGUUGAAAUAUUCACGUCGUCAGGUAACCUUGACAACCGCGACCACAACCGCGAUGGGAAAUGGGAAACUGGGGAUAGAUGGUGUUGACUCUCGUGGCGUGAAUGGUACUCGAGAAUUUUCGAGUUCUACCAAAACAGCUGGUGAAUCGAGGGCUCAAGGAAUGUCGAGCUCUGUCAGAACCGGGAAUGAAUCUGGAGGAACACAGGAAAUCGAAGAUGAACGUAUAAAAGCGUGGAUAAUGUCUCGAGUUCGAGAAGCGGACGAGGAUAUGAGGUCUUUUCCGACAGAUGACAUGGAAAGCGUGCGAUAUGAGGGCAAGUAUUCGGAUUUUGAUGAACUUAGUGAGUUAGAAUUUGAUGAAGAUGUCAAUAAUGAAGGGAGUGAGGUUUGGUCAAUUGAUUGGGAUAAUUUUAGAAAGUAAAAUAUGAAUUUUUCUGAUGUUUAUCCAGCUCGGAUCUAGAGGAACUCGCGUGGUACUUUCACCGUCUUUGAUAUAGGAUUCAAAGAGUCUUCAUCCAUGCGACAGGAUUCGGUUACAGAAGUGGUAUGAUCUUGGUAUGAUCUAUUUUGGGGGGAGAUUUGAUAAUUCCAUUGACAAUAUAUACAAGAUGAACUAAUGUAUGAAGCGAGAACACAUUUUUUUGUGGAAAAAAAUCUUAAUAAAUAGCUAGUAAAAUUUUCAUCAUUUUUAAAAGUGCGUGCCUCUUGUGUGAAAAUGCUUUUAACAAACUCGAUUUUUGCGUAAUUAGCAAAUUUUAGGCAAAUUUUAUACAUGGUUCGAUGGUUUAUGUCUGAUCUACAUAAUGAAACACUUUUUCAGGUCUGCAAGUAAUGAUAAGGUUGUUGCCAAGCCGAUAUCAGGAUGUGUUCGCACAGCUUGUUUCCAGUUGUUGUGACAAGUUUAGAACAAGUUGUUAUCACUUUGUUACAAGGUUGAUGACGGUAACAAACUUGCUACAAGUUGUUCCAACAAGGCUACCACAGGCUGUUCGUAACAAGUUGCUACGAGCUUGGUGCAAUCAACUUCUUAACAACUUGUGACGUGCAGACGAUAUCAGACUUGUUGGAACAACUUUGUUGCGAGUGUGUUGGCCUCAGCAACCUUGUUACAAGAUGAUAACAACUUGUUCCAGAAUUGUCAACAACUAGUGCGAACACCACAUCUUCUUGACAAGUUGUGAGUUUUUACACGUGCAGUUCAGACACAAACCAAGUAUUCCAUACAAGCGGUAGGCACCCAAUAUUUUUUCUAAAUGUCUUUACUUAGUCUUAGUACAAAUAGAUGAUAAAUUCGUUGUAUUGGUUUCCUUACCCAUUACUAUAGACUCGCUCACAGUCUCGUCUCAUUUUUUUAUAUUUCGAAGAGAUCGCAGAUAUAAAGAUACAUGUCACAAUGUUUUCUAAAUCCUACAUAUAUUGACAAAAUUUUGUGCACACAUAUCAUGUAUGGCAU